ACCCAAAUAACCCCGAGAAUGCGACAUUUGUGCAAUGACCCCAAAUUCUCUUCAAGUCUUUCCGAGCCCAAAAAUCACCGAAUGACCCGAAUUUGAUAGAUUUCGGCCUGCAACUGAAAUAACGCCAGAGUAGUUUCAUAAUCCGACGGCAAUUUCUCUCAGCUGCUAGCCCGCACAUCUCCGGCGAAAUUGAUUUAUGGAAGAAGCUUCUCUUGAAAGUGAGCAAGAUGUGACUGGGCAAGGCAGUGGGAAAUUUCAAGAACUAGAGUCGGAUGGGUUAGAUGAUCAGAACAGUGAGCAAAUUGAGUCGGAUGAAUUGUUUGUUCAAAAUGGUGGGCAAAUAGAGUCAGAUGGGUUAGAUGAUCAAAAUUGUGUUACUGAUGGGCAGAAGGAAUUUGUUGCCCCAGCGGUAGGAAUGGAGUUUGAAUCAUAUGAUGAUGCCUACAACUACUAUAAUUGUUAUGCCAGGGAGGUUGGUUUUCGUGUUAGAGUAAAAAAUUCUUGGUUCAAAAGAAAUAGCAGGGAAAAGUAUGGUGCAGUACUAUGCUGCAGUAGCCAGGGCUUCAAGAGGAUUAAAGAUGUAAACCGGCUGCGCAAGGAAACUAGAACUGGGUGUCCUGCAAUGAUGAGGAUGAGAAUGGUGGACUCCAAAAGAUGGAGAGUACUUGAGGUUACUCUUGAACACAAUCAUUCGUUAGGUACAAAGGCAUUUAAGUCUAUCAAGAAAACAGUUGCUGAAAACAAGAAGAAGUUGGAUUCAAACUGUAAUGCUGAAGUGCGAACAAUCAAGUUAUACCGGGCACUUGUGAUUGAUGCAGGUGCAAAUAGGAAUGCCAAUUUUAGUGCAAGGAGGUGCCAAACUUCAUCUGAUUGCCACGAUAAGCUAAACUUAAGAAAAGGAGACACACAAGCCAUGUAUAAUUAUUUCUGCCGCAUGCAAUUGACAAACCCAAACUUCUUUUACUUGAUGGAUCUGAACGAUGAAGGGCAGUUGAGGAACGUGUUCUGGAUUGAUGCCAGGUCAAGGGCGGCAUAUGCCUACUUUGUUGAUGUGAUCUAUAUUGAUAAUUCAUAUUUGUCCAACAAAUAUGAGAUCCCUCUUGUGGCAUUUGUGGGCACAAAUCACCAUGGUCAAUCAAUGUUGCUGGGCUGUGGCCUGCUUGCUGGUGAGACUAAGGCCUCUUAUGUUUGGAUGUUUAAAGCUUGGCUCACCUGCUCUCUUGGACGUUUCCCUCAAACAAUUAUUACAGAAAGAUGCAAGGUUUUGGAGACUGCAAUCAGUGAGGUGUUCCCGAGGUCUCUUCAUCGUUUUGCUUUGUCACACAUCAUGAGGAAAGUUCCAGAAAAAUUGGGAGGAUUGCAUAACUAUGAUGUUAUUCGGAAGGCAUUGAUUAAAACAAUACAUGAGGGUCUAAAACCAUUUGAUUUCGAAGCAGCAUGGAGAUUUAUGAUCCAAAGAUUUGGAGUGGAUGAUCAUGAGUGGCUUUGUUCAUUGUACAAUGACCGAGCUAAAUGGGCACCAGUUUAUCUGAAAGACACUUUCUUUGCUGGAAUGGCCACUGCCCGGUCGAAUGAAACAUUGACUGUUUUUUUCGAUAAAUAUGUGCACAAGCAAACUCCUCUGAAAGAAUUUCUUGACAAAUAUGAAUUAGCUUUGCAGAAAAAGUUCAAGGAAGAAGCACUUGCAGAUAUGGAGUCGAGAAACUCAAACCCUGAACUGAAAACAAGAUGUUCAUUUGAGUUGCAGCUUUCAAAAGUGUACACUAGAGAGAUCUUUAAAAGAUUUCAGUUAGAGGUAGAGGAGAUGUAUUCUUGUUUUAGUACAACACAGUUACAUGUUGAUGGGCAGGUGGUAAUAUUUUUGGUGAAGGAGCGUGUUUUAGAAGAGGGAAAUAGGAGAGAGAUACGGGACUAUGAAGUUCUAUACAACAGAGCAGCAGCGGAAGUUCGUUGCAUUUGUAGCUGCUUUAAUUUCUAUGGAUAUUUGUGCAGGCACGCAUUGUGUGUACUGAACUUUAAUGGUGUGGAAGAGAUCCCCUCCAAGUACAUUUUAUCACGGUGGAAAAAGGAUUACAAGCGAUUAUGUGCAUCAGAUCUUGAAUCCAGUUCUACCGAGUCUACUGAACAGGUUCAAUGGUAUAGCCAGUUGUAUAGAAGUGCAUUACAAGUUGUGGAAGAAGGGGUGAUUUCCCUAGAUCAUUAUAAAGUAGCUCUAAAUGCAUUUGAAGAGUCUCUGUCCAGAGUUCACCACAUUGAAGAAAAACCAAAUAAAAAUUUGUUGUAACUAGCAUAUCUACUAUCUGUCCUUGUAAUCGAAGGGUGCCUGAAUCUCUUCUUGUGUAUAAUGAUUAUAUAACGAGGACAUUUUGUAACUGUGUUGAUAUAAUACAUAUACUUUCGGGUUCAUUUGCUGCAA